AUGGCACGCCGCCUCAUCUUGUGCCUGCUUGUAUCGCUCGCGCCGUCGCUCGUCCAUGGCCAUGUGCAGACUGCGAUUCGGUCGGGCGCCGCGACCGCGCGGGGCGUCAACCUCGGCGGCUGGCUAGUCCUCGAGCGCUGGAUGACCUCGUACGCUGAGCUUUGGAAGAAGGUGCCGGAGAGCAUCAAGGACCAUGGUGAGCACGCGGCGAUGGCCGCCGUCGGGCGGGCGACGGCGGAUCCGCUUGUCAAGAUGCACCGCGACGAGUGGAUCACGGAAGACGACAUCAAGGAGAUUGCGUCCUUUGGGAUGAACAUGGUCCGCGUGCCCGUGGGCUGGUGGAUCUACGAAAAGCCGGAGGAGACAGACUGGCAGCACUUUACGCCUGGCGGCCUCGAGUACCUCGAUCGACUCAUGAACGAGUGGGCCAUCAAGUACAACGUCGCUGUGCUGCUGGACAUCCACGCCACCAAGGGCUCGCAGAACGGCCGCGAGCACGGCGCGGCACCCGUGUUUGGCGCGACCAACUUUACCGACUACGCGGUCAACGUCGACCGCACGAUCGAGACGGGGCGCUUUCUUGUGGACCGGUACAAGCACGAGCCGGCGUUUCUCGGUCUUCAGCUGCUCAACGAGCCCGAGUGGUGGCAAGAGAAGAACCAAGGCACGGACCGCACGAAGCUCAAGCAGUUUUACAAAGACUUGUACGCGACGACGCGGGCGCUCUGCGGCGACUGCGUCGUGGUCAUCGCGCCGUUUUUGUCCGAGCAAGACAGCUCUCAUGCCGAGUGGGGCACGCUCUUCCCCGAUUCCAGUCCCGUCAACAACUGGAUCGACUGGCACAAGUACCUGAAAUGGGGCUUUGAAGGCCAGAACAUGGACCAGAUCACCUCGAGCGGCGUCGACAACAUUGAGAAGGACCUCAAGGCGUGGCGUGGCAACAACCGCGUCUUUAUGGGCGAGUGGAGCCUCGGGCACCCCGACUCUGCCCACGCGCAGUUCCAGGACGACGCCAAAGUCGCUCUUCUUGGCCAGCGCCUCCUCAACGCGCUCGAUGCGGCCAAGGCGGGCUGGACGUUUUGGAGCUGGAAGGCCGACUAUGGCACGCGGUACGGCGACGGCUGGAACAUGCGGUCGCUUCUCCGCGACAAGCUCUUAAAGCUCUAG